GCUGCAAGCACCCGAAGGGCACAAAAGGAAGUGAGGGCGACGCUCGACUGAGCAGUUGGGAUCCGUGGAGGGCGCCCCCUGCGGCGCGGAGGGGACCGGCACCUGUGGGGAGACAGCCGUGAUCGGGCAAGACAAAACACGUUCAGUGGACAUUGCGCUAGUCCUUCUAGUGUGCACAUCUUGGCCACCGGGGGCAGUAUAACACAGGCAUGGCAUGGCUGUAUGAAGACUUCUCAGCUCCUCAAGUCGCAGGAAUACCAGUUGCUCUUCGCAGAGGAUAAACAAUGUAUGCCUGUUCAGCAUCCUCAUCAGUCGUCACCUCCCGUCAACAUGGCCCUGAGACCGGCGAUCGUCGGCCUCGUUCUGCUCGUCGGAGUUCAGCCUUUGCUGGCCGGCGCCGCCCCCGAGCCCGGCUCGGGCGGCUCAGCGUCGGCGGUGUCCGCCAAUAAGACGGACUGCGGCAAGGCGGACGAGUGCUCGCCCGGUGUCAUGCUGCCCGUGUGGGAGCCGAUGAACCCGUCGUUUGGCGACAAAGUGGCCCGGGCGACCGUGUACUUUGUGGCUCUGGUGUACAUGUUCCUGGGCGUGUCCAUCAUCGCCGACCGCUUCAUGGCAUCUAUCGAGGUCAUCACCUCCCAGGAGAAGGAGAUCACCAUCAAGAAACCCAACGGCGAAACCAGCACCACCACGGUGCGCAUCUGGAACGAGACCGUGUCCAACCUCACCCUCAUGGCUCUGGGCUCCUCGGCUCCGGAGAUCCUGCUGUCCGUCAUCGAGGUGGUGGGCCACGGCUUCGACGCCGGGACCCUGGGCCCCUCCACCAUCGUGGGCUCGGCCGCCUUCAACAUGUUCGUCAUCAUCGGGAUUUGCGUUUGGGUGGUGCCCGACGGCGAGACCAGGAAGGUGAAGCACCUGCGGGUGUUCUUCGUCACCGCGUCCUGGAGCAUCUUCGCCUACAUCUGGCUCUACCUGAUCCUGUCGGUCAUCUCGCCCGGCGUGGUUCAGGUGUGGGAGGCCCUGCUCACCUUCUUCUUUUUCCCCAUCUGCGUUGUAUUCGCCUGGAUAGCCGACCGCCGCCUGCUCUUCUACAAAUACGUGUACAAGCGCUACAGGACGGGCAAGCAGCGUGGCAUGAUCAUCGAGACCGAGGGCGACCGGCCGCUUCCUUCUAAGGUGGACAUCGAGAUGGACGGCAAGAUGCUGAACUCUCACGCCGUGGACUUCCUGGACGGCCCGCUGGGUUUGGAUAUCGACGAGAAGGACUUGGAUGAGGAGGAGACCCGCAGAGACAUGGCCAAAAUUCUCAAGGAGCUCAAGCAGAAGCAUCCCGACAAAGAGGUGGAGCAGCUCAUCGAGCUGGCCAACUACCAGGUCCUGAGCCAGCAGCAGAAGAGUCGGGCUUUCUAUCGCUGCCAGGCCACCCGACUCAUGACGGGCGCGGGCAACAUCUUGAAGAAGCACGCCGCCGACCAGGCGCGCAAGGCCGUCAGCAUGCACGAGGUGCGCUCCGACGCCGGCGACAAUGACCCCGUCUCCAAGGUGUUCUUUGAACCCGCCACCUACCAAUGCCUGGAGAACUGCGGCACAGUGGCGGUGAAGGUCCUGCGGCGCGGCGGCGACCUGACCAAGACCAUUUCCGUGGAGUAUCGGACCGAGGACGGGACGGCCAACGCCGGCUCGGACUACGAGUUCACCGAAGGCGUGGUGGUGUUCAAACCCGGCGAGACAGCCAAGGAGAUCCGCGUGGGAAUCAUUGACGACGACAUUUUCGAGGAGGACGAGAACUUCCUGAUCCACCUGUCCAACGUUAAAGUUCUGGCAUCAGAGGGUGAGGAGCCCGCGGAGGAUGAGUCAGCCAACCGCGUGGACUCUGUGGCCUGUCUGGGCCUGCCGGCCACGGCCACGGUGACCAUCUUCGAUGACGACCACGCCGGCAUCUUCACGUUCGAGGAGCCCGUGUUCCACGUGAGCGAGAGCGUGGGCACCAUGGAGGUGAAGGUGCUGAGGACGUCGGGGGCCCGCGGCGUGGUCACGCUGCCCUACAAGACGGUGGAGGGGACGGCGCGGGGCAGCGGCGAGGACUUUGAGGACGUGCACGGCGUGCUCGAGUUCCAGAACGACGAGAUCUUUAAAACCAUCAACGUGCGAAUAAUUGACGACGAGGAGUACGAGAAGAACAAAACCUUCUACGUAGAGAUCGGCGAACCUCGCCUGGCGGAGAGCGACGACGCCAAAGAGGAGAAGCAGAAGCAGCAGGAAGAGGAGGUGGUUGCGGAAGAAGAGAAGGCCCUGACGGGGAAGGACGAGGAGGAGAGGCGCAUCGCCGAGAUGGGUCGCCCCAUGCUGGGAGAUCACGUCAAACUCGAAGUGGUCAUCGAAGAGUCCUACGAGUUCAAGAACACCGUUGACAAACUGAUCAAGAAGACCAAUCUGGCGCUGCUGGUGGGGACUAAUAGCUGGAGAGACCAGUUCAUAGAGGCCAUCACUGUGAGCGCAGGCGAGGACGACGACGACGACGAGUGCGGCGAGGAGAAGCUGCCGUCGUGCUUCGACUACGUGAUGCACUUCCUGACCGUCUUCUGGAAAGUCCUGUUCGCCUUCGUGCCGCCCACCGACUACUGGAACGGCUGGGCGUGCUUCGUCGUGUCCAUCUGCAUGAUCGGACUGCUCACCGCCGUCAUCGGCGACCUGGCGUCUCACUUCGGCUGCACGGUGGGCCUGAAGGACUCGGUCACGGCCGUGGUGUUCGUCGCGUUGGGGACUUCGGUACCAGACACGUUUGCCAGCAAGGUGGCAGCCAUCCAGGAUCAGUACGCCGACGCCUCCAUCGGCAACGUGACGGGCUCCAACGCCGUCAACGUGUUCCUGGGCAUCGGGGUGGCGUGGUCCAUCGCCGCCAUCUACCACCACAGCAACGGCAACGAGUUCCGGGUGGACCCGGGCAAGCUGGCCUUCUCCGUCACGCUCUUCACCAUCUUUGCCUUCAUCUGCGUCGCCAUGCUGAUGUACCGGCGCCGGCCCGAGAUCGGCGGCGAGCUGGGCGGGCCGCGGACUGCCAAGGCGCUGACCACCAUGCUGUUCGUCAGCCUGUGGCUGCUCUACAUUCUCUUCUCCUCGCUGGAAGCCUACUGCCACAUCCAGGGCUUCUAAGAUGGUUGGAGGGGGGGGGUGGAGUUCAAGGCGGUCCCGUCGGUCAAUCGGUCCCUCCUUUUUUUUUUUUUUUUUUUGCGGAAGAACGGCUGAAGGAGUGAGAAAUGCGCCGACGCAAGAGCGAAGGAAACGUGGAAUGAUCACAGGAACUUGAAUUUGAAUGCAUUUCUCGACGUAACUUAAAAAAAAAAAAAAAAAUAAUAAUUUAAAAAGGUCUUAAAUUUGGCGUCCGUAGAGCUCGCACAGCUGGUAGAAUUUUUAAGUGGCGCGACUGAGACUGAAUCGUUGUGUUUGUGAGUCCAUGCAUGAGCGGACCGUACCGACAACACCACCGCAGGAGAGUCGCUGUGUGUGUGUGGACCUCACUGCUGCUUCGGGACUUCAAUACCGAGUAGUCAAGUACUGUGAAAACAAACAAACUUCAACAAAAAACUCUUGUUUGUUUGUUUGUUUGUUUUUUUUGCCGCGUCAGACUGAAAACGCUUUCGUUAAGCAUCCGAUCCGUUUUUGUUCUUUCGUUGUCGCCUGUAGAAACGCUGAGUCGUCAUCCCGGAGAUGUAGAUAAAGCCGAGCGUACUCGGUGUUGUUUUUUUUUUUUGUUUUGUUUCGUUUGUUUUUUUGGACUGCGGCUCGUCGCGAAUGUUUUUCCCCGUUUGCGCUCUCCCGGAUGUCUUUAUACUGUAGAAGGGGGUUCGGAAAAUGUGUGCUUAUACCUUUAAGAAGGCCUCGUCCGAUAGGACGACACGGCCGCCGUACCGUUUAAAACUGUUAAGAGUAUUACGAGUGCAUAUAUAUAUAUAUAAAUAUAUAGAGAUUAAUUUUAUGUGUUUUGUUUUCCACUAAUGUACAGUAGAUGUCCAAAAAAAAGAAGAAGAGAUUUAAGGUACCGCUCUGUGGAAGCUGACGUUCUGAUGCCUCGCUGCCAUUUCGUUUUCGCUUCACGUUUUCUACGUGCGUCUGAAACCACCACGACCCCCCCACCCCCACCCCGCGAACAAUGAGUGAACCAUUCCAAAUCCUUAAGGGCUGACCUACAUUUACGACCACCCGAUCCCGAACCACAAUUUGCCACGUCGCUCGUAGUUUGGUCUCCAAGGAACACGGAAAAUCCCGCGUUUGAAAAAAUUCUUGACCCUGGUGGUGUUUUUCAACAAGCAAAAUGUGUUCAGAAAGAUGGCAGCUGUUUGAUUUAUGGUGGUGGGGAGGCACGAUAUGUCUCAUUGCAACUCCCUGGAAAGGGAAAAUGAAUGUAAAUUCGACACAGCACGGACAACAAAGUUGUAGACAAAAGUCAAUAAACUGAGGAUUCAAAAUGGUGUGGAAUCAAGCUCUGGAACGCCGUCGCUUUUGCUAACUUAUUUCCCUGACGUGCGGGCACUCGCAGCGGACAACGAGGCGCUCUAAUGCGGCCACGCCAACGCGAAGCCCCCGUCCACGCGCUGGCUCUCGAGUGGGACUUCAAAAUAAAUCAAUAAAAUCCCCCCUCCUUGCUCUUCGUGACUUGCGUGCACUCACAGCCAACAACGAAGCACUCUAAAGUCGCCACGGUAAUUGAAAGUUUUUUCCAUUCAGUUUUGAGGCAGCAACAAGGUCUUAAAAUUGAGGGUUUUAUUUAUUUGUUUACGUGAAAUGAUGAUUUUUUUUUUUUUUUUUUUUUUUUUUUUAUCGUCUGCCAGAACUUUCCUGCUGAUAUCUUCUUUGACGUGCUAUAUCUUAUUUGAAAAAUGUCCUUUGCAAUGACGUAGCUGGUAGUCGAUCCACUUGAAAGGGAUUGAAAGCGGCAACUCGCGAGCGACGGCGCGGACCGGACGACUUUGUGCGAAAAGACCUCAAAGUGGUGACGCUCGUCUCCCCGAGUGACUGAAUUCACACGUUUGUAACCAUAAUAAUCACAUGAAUAAGAAUACUAUUGGCCCGACUCUUGCACGAUGCACGACUUUUUUCCCCUUUGGAGUUCUCCUCGAAGGCCUUGGAGUGGCAGUGUACCCCUGUUUUUUGUCAAAGGGAAAUAUUUCUAUGUGAAUAUUUGCUGUCCACGUGACUCCACAAGGUUGUUUGUUUGUUUUCCUAGCCGAAGAAGUCUUUUCCUAAAAACCGCCAACAACAAAAGAGUUGAUUUCUUCACCUUCUUAAGAGCUUGAUGAGCACCAGACCGCGUUGAACAUUUGUGUAUGUACAGUAUUUGUCUCUUCACUGGCGUCGAGCUGAUGUUUGAUCCGCUGUAAAACGUCGUGCGUAUGACUUCAACUGUUAGCUUUGAGCGGGACUUGGCGAAAACGUUCGUACGCAGUCCGCGGCUCGGCCAAUUGGAAUGAAAAGCUUGUAGUCGCGUGUAUGUAGCUGUCUGCAUCCGAUUAGGUAGCUAGCGUUUGUCUUUUAAUGGUUGAUGAGAUGUUUUUUGCUCUUGUUGUGUGACGCUUCUGCAAGCCCGAUCGAGCUUGCCCGGGCUGGUGCUGCCUUCGAGAUCACUGCGACUUUGGCAAAUUUCAAUUCAAAAUGAGAUUGCUGAGAAACAUCAACUGAUUACUACGUAGAGGUACAUAUUUCCUUUGAAAAAAAAAAAAAAAUAAAAAGUUGGAGCCCACCAAGUAAAACCAUCAGGACCAACAUUGCGAUACAGUAGCUAGGCGGCCUAAGUGUUCAUUGGAAACACAACGGGAGCUUUAUGAGUCAAAAGUAUUUUUAAUACUAUACACAAUUAGUCACUGCAACAUGAUGCUGCUGGAACAUUUUGUCUUUUUUUUUUUUAAUGAUGGCAACCAAGAAAAUUAAGCCAAUAAUCCAAAAUCGCAAUCGUAGUCGAAUGUAGCAAAAUGACGUUCACGUGAUGUUUUGCAGUUUUUCUCGUAUGCAGCAUUAGCCUGAGCUAGCCGUCUUGCUAACGGGGCAGAAAUGGACACUGAUUUUUUUUUUUUUUUCAAUGAAGGAAAAAGAUUUGCACUGACUUUGUGGCUUCUGUGAAAACAGCUCAUGCUCAUGUUUUAUUUGUUUUGUCGAAGUUUCUGACAAUGUAAACAACCGCGUUGUACCUAAUGUAAAAAAACAAAAACAAACGGAAAAAAAAAAAAAACAAUGAGCAACAGCGGCAACAAAACGACGCCAUUUUACCUCCCGGUUGACUUCCCGACUGAUUGAGCAAAAGGGACGAACGGGACGAGCGGAGUCAAAUGACGCCAAACGGGAAGCGGAGGGCGGAGUUUCGGGAAUGAAGUUACAGCCAUAUUUCGUUGAUUUGCGGGUCAGCGAGCGUCCUGGUGUCUUAUCUGUCCUCGAUUGCUUUUGUCUUCUUCUUCUUCACUCACGCAAAUUCGAACGUACGGCCACGGCCACUUUGUCUACGUGCAUCUCUCGCCAUCUUUUAUUUUAUUUUUUUAGGGGUGGGGGGCGUCGAUGUGCUACAUGUGGUCACAGUGCAUGAAUGCUACCGUGUGUGUACAUAUUCCAAUUAUCCAGAGUCGUUAUCCCAUCAUCCCAAUUUAAAAUAAAUAAAACAAACCACGGGGGGGACAAAAAGUCUGAAUGCUGUACAAAUGUUGCCGAAUGCUGUUUAGGAUUUCUUUUCGUUGUCUUCGUUUCGAAGAUGUUUUGGGAAUAAUUUGCACAUUACGAUGAAGGAAUAUUAGGGCCACACUCAGACAAAGAUUUUCAUCAGUAAUGUUUUGACUUUAUCGUUCGGCUAAUAUCAAAGUAGUUGUCCGAGUCAUUUAUGAAGAUUUUUAUAAAAUGAGAAGAAAAAAAAAAACAAUUAGAUAACAUAUUGGUAAGGUGUAGCAUGAUGGCAAAGUUAUUUUCACUUUAUACUUUUAAUCGUAAUUUUAAAAAAUUAAAAAUGGUUUUCUUUAUUCUAAUACAACUUUGGAAUUUCUUUCUAAUAUGUGACUUUAAUCUUUAAAAAUAUAUCUCCAAAAUAAGACAUUUGGUAUCCCAAAAAUGUUCAAUUCUAGUUUUAAACCCAGAAUUGUGCAACUUUCUUAUCCUAAAAUGACCAUUUUAAUCUCCGAAAUACACUUUUUUUAAUCUUCAACUUAAAUCUUAAAAUUAUAUGACAAAUCUAGAAAAUAUACACGUUUUAAUCUAAAAAAAUGUGUUCCAAAUCAGAAUCAGCUUUAAUGGCCAAGUGUGUAGAACACACAUGCAAAAUAUUUUUUUCAUAAAAUUAUGAGUUUAACAGUAAAGUCAAAAAGUAUAGUCAAGUAUGUGCUAGAUAUAUAUAUAUAUAUUUUUUUUAAGUAUGAUUAAAGGGAGAAAUGUAUAUUUUGGAGAAAAAGUUGUAUAUUUUCAAGAUAAACUAAAAUCAACCUUUUUUUCUUCAAAUACAAAUCCCACCUUUAAUUUUGAAAAUGUAAAACUUUUAUUCUCAUAAAACUACAAUUUUGACCCAUUUUUUAAAUUCCAUUUAACUUGACACGUUAGAUUAAGAAAAAACGAAACUUUUGAUCUAAAAACAAACACAGGAGUUCAUGAUCAUAAAAUUCUGACUUUAAUCUUGGAAAUACAAGACUUGAUCCCCGAUAUUUUUGAUGUUUUAUUUUUUUUAGGUGGUCCUAAUACGCCUUCAUACAUUGCUACUUUUGUUUUGUCCUUUUCAAACAAACGGCACGGAAAAUAUCUGCUGUGAUUGGACGAGAAAGACGGUUUGGUCGCCUACUUGGCGGCCAAACGUCUUUUUUCUUGAAAGAAAUAUUAUUGUGUAUAUACUGUACAGUGUCAUUAAAAGGAAAUAAGCGCCGGGGUGGAGGGCGUCAAGAAAGUGAAGUCAGGAAUGACACACAGUCCACUUUUAUUGCCUUUGGAGGACACGUUUUUUGUUUUUGUUUUUUUUUUAAUUCCACCCGGGGGAUUUCAGAUGAGUUUUGUUCCCCUCCAUCGUUUGUGUUGAUCUGCCUUCCCAUCAUGCUUUGCCCCACCCACAGUUAGCAAAUCGAAUUGUGUUUGGUAACAUAGGGACUUAUGUUUUGUCUUCUUUUGUGUGUCUUUACUGAAUGAUUCUUAAUAUUAUUUGUCGGGGGAAGUUAUUUGUGUGUGUGUGUGUGUGUUGCCACUAACUGUGACUGCUCUCCAUGGUACUUCUGAUUAAAAAUCAAAUUAAAUAAAGUUUGGGAUACCCUGUUUCAGAGACACGACGAUCUCCGUGUUUU